AUGUCUUACCGCCGGGAACUGCGUGCUCUGCGCUACAUUGAAAAGGGAGAUAUUCUGCGACUGAAGUCUUAUAUUCGCCGCCACCGCCAUCUCCAGCUCGACCAGCCUUUGCCAGGAGGACAGAGCCUACUUCAUGCUGCCUGCUUAAUGCCUGAUAAUGCCUGCGCUCUUCUACUGCUCCGUAAAGGAGCUGACCCCAUGCAAUGUGACACUGUAGGAAAUAAUGCUCUACAUGUGGCAGCUCAGGAGAUGGAAAAGGGAGAAUGGAGAGUGUACACAGACCUGUGGGUUCCAAUUCUGAAACGUUGUCCUCAGGCAAUUGACGUUCCAAACAAGCAGGGGACAACUCCACGUCAAAUCCUCCGCCAGGCAGAAGACCUCAUGGAGAGAUAUGCAAGAGAAAAACAGAGCUCCCUGAGUCGCGUAUGGGUCCCUCACCUAAGGAGACAACAGAGUGGAGAGAAAAGCUUUUAGCUGAGAGCAUGGAUGAAUACCAAGAGAUGUAUGGGCAGUAUGAUGAUGACGACUACUUGGAUUCAGUUCCUGAGAUGGAAAGCUUUGAAUCAUGGGCCGAUCGUAUCUACAGAGAGUACCAUGCCAGAAAUCGCCGUUAUGAUAAUUUAAGUGUACAGACUAAAGUUGUGACUUCGCAGGACACCCCCAGGCUUGUGGAGGAGCGGAGAUACCAGGAAAGAAAAGAACAAAUGGAAAGAGAACUGCACCAGGCUCAGAGUGAGAGGUAUCACAGGAAAUGCCAGGAGGUGUUCGGGGGAGCGGGUGCAAGCCUUGAGGCUGACUCAAAGCAUAGCGGUGAGCCAACAGAAAGAAGUCGUGAUAGGACUGACAAUGACAGUGCCCUGAACGCAGAUACAAGGACGGUUAUCCGUAUGUUGAGCUACAAGGACAUCCCUUGGCCAGUUCCAGGUGGCACUGCAGAGCAGAUGGCGCAGUUCGUAGCAGCGGGUGCAGACUCCUCGGACAUCACAUCAUAUAAGCGCUACAUGCGGGCACAGAGAGUGACUUGGCAUCCGGAUCGCUUUAUGCAGAGAUGUGGCACUCGUCUGCUUGCAAAGGACCGGGUGCGAGUUCUGGAGACUGUUACGGCUCUGUCACAGGAAUUGAACAGACUGGCAGAACUUGCAAAGUGA